CUGCUUCAAAUAGACGACGUCGUGAAUUGGAUGUAGACCAUCAACGGGGACGAGGGCGUGGGCGAGGACGAGGUCAAGGUCGUGGUCGAGGUCGUGAUCCAGUUUCGGUAGAAUAUGAUAUUCCCAGUGCCAGCCAAAGUGGGGGCCGAAGCCAAAGACGAGUUGAAGGUUAUGAUAUGCCUGACAUUGGUGUGGAGGAUACCUCUUUACCUGAUUCUCCUCCUGUCCAGGAAGAGUACCUUACUCAUGCUUUUCCAGGUGGACCGAAUGAUCCGUCAAUACUGCGGAGUUUCAAUAGUCAUGUGGCUGCAGCUAUUUGGCACGGGGAGGAACGAGGGCCCCUAAAGUGUCAUAAUCACUCUUCCAAGAUCCUUGCAUGGCCAUGGUGGUUAGUAGAGAACAACACCAGAUUCAAAGCCAUUAUUGAGCAGUCUGGACUGUCACAGUUAGCUCGUUGCACUUAUCGGUUCGUCAACAAGCUUCUAGUCUCAUGUUUUGUUGAGAGAUGGCAACCUGAGACGAACACAUUUCACAUGACAGUUGGUGAGAUGACCUUGACCCUGGAUGAUGUUGGCACUAUUCUUGGCCUUCCCAUUGUAGGCAAAUCAGUCAGCAUACCAGAUGUGACAGAUCAUCAUGGAGUUACAUUACUCGUUUAUGGCUUGGGGAUUACUGAACGUGCAGCAUAUGAAGAGGUUUCUUCUGCUGGUGGCAAUUCAGUCAGGCUUGAAUGGUUGCGAAGUCAGUUUGCUGGUGUCACAGAUUCAGACCCUGAGGAUGCUAUACAUGACAAGAGUGGCGGCAGGGUUCCCGUUGUUUACCUCGGCUUGUUGAUGGAUUUGGGAUCCAUACAUACUUAUGCCUGGGGUGCUGCUGCAUUAGCAUUUUUAUAUCAACAGUUGGGGUUUGCUAGCCGGUCUGGGGUUAAGCAAAUGGGUGGUUAUAUGACUCUUUUGGAGGUGUGGAUUUAUGAGCACUUCCGAGCAUUCCGACCUCAUCAGAACAUGGGCUACAAUGAAGACAUGCCACAUGUGUACUAUUGGGCAUCUAGGAGAGAGGCGGGUUCCUCCAUUGACCAUUUGAAAUCUUUUCGAGCCGAGCUUGACAGUUUAGUAGCUACUGAUGUUAUUUGGGAUCCAUACCACAGCUGCAGAGACCGGCAUCCAUGUAACCCGGUUAUGUUCUACCAUGGAUGCUUAAAGUGCUUAGACGUUGUCGAAUCGUAUCAUCCAGAUAGAGUUUUGAGGCAGUUUGGCAGGGUUCAAACCAUCCCAGAUGCACCGCUAGCUCCUAGUCGUGGUGCACGAGGCAACAUAUCUGCAUGA